CCCCAAAGGAAGUAAUCAACCGGUAGCCUCAUCUCUGUGCGCGUUUGUUUCUGCCUGUUCAGAGCAGAGCAGUGGGACUCAGAGAGAGUGGAUUGACAGACGGAAGAUGGUUUGUUUUCAUCUUGACAGUCAGCACAGCGGUUUCAGUUUGGAGUUGUUAUCGUUUGAUUUAAAGCGGUGAAACCCCGUUUUUUGAAAGAUCAGAAAGAACAAUGCUGGUCACUUGGUGAUUACGCUGCUGCUGGUAGACCACACUAACGUAGAGCCAUGGCCUGUGUGGGUCAGGCCAAGGUGGACAGUGCCACGGCCACGCCACACCAGAGCCACUAUUCCUCGGACAAGUACGCGCAGCUCAUCCUGGCCCAGAUGAACAGGAUGAGGAUCCUGAAGGACUUCUGUGACGUCCAGCUGCUGGUCGGGGGCCGGCAGUUCAGCGUCCAUCGGCUCGUCCUGGCUGCCAGCAGCCCCUAUUUCUCAGCACUGUUCACCGGGGGCAUGAGAGAAGCGGACAAAGACAUCGUUCAGAUUUUAGGAGUGGAAGCUGACGUCUUCGAAAUGCUUCUGGAAUUUAUAUAUAGCGGCGUGGUGAACGUGACCGUGGACAACGUGCAGGAGCUGAUCAUCACGGCAGACAUGCUGCAGCUCAGCGAGGUGGUCAAGAUCUGCUGUGAGUUUCUCAAAGUGCAGAUGGACCCUUCCAACUGCGUGGGAAUCUACCAGUUCCUGGAACAGAUCGCCUGCCUUGACAUGAUGGAAUUCACUGAGAACUAUAUUCAUGUGCAUUUCCUAGAGGUGUGCGCCGGGGAGGAGUUUCCUGGCCUGGCGAAGGCUCAGCUGGUAAAGAUCCUGCGGAGCGAGGAGCUGCGUAUUGAGGACGAGUACCAGGUGUUCAUCGCAGCCAUGAACUGGGUCCUGAAAGACGUGCCCAGGAGGAAGAAGCACGUGGUGGAGGUGCUGGAUCCCGUGCGCUUCCCUCUGCUCUCCCCACAACGGCUCUUCAAAUACAUCGAGGGUAUUUCAGAUUUCAGCCUGCGGGUAGCGCUACAGACCCUCCUGAAAGAAUACACGGAAGUCAGCAAGUCACCUAAAGAGAACAAGAUGUUCAGCGUACUUCAGCCAGCCAAGAUCAGGCCCCGAAGAAAGGCGAGAAAGUAUCUUUACGCUAUAGGAGGGUACACUCGUCUGCAAGGCGGGCGCUGGAGUGACAGCAGGGCGCUGAGCUGCGUGGAGCGCUUCGAUUCCUUCAGCCAGUACUGGACCACAGUGUCCUCUCUGCACCAGGCCCGCAGCGGGCUCGGGGUGGCAGUGCUGGAGGGCAUGAUAUAUGUCAUCGGAGGGGAGAAAGAUUCAAUGAUCUUCGACUGUGCUGAGCGGUACGACCCUGUGACUAAGCAGUGGGCUGCAGUGGCAUCGCUGAACUUCCCACGAUGUGGAGUGGCUGUGUGUUCCUGCCACGGAGCUCUCUAUGCCUUAGGGGGAUGGAUUGGGUCAGAGAUCGGAAAAACUAUGGAGAGGUACGACCCCAUGGACAACAAGUGGGAAAUCGUGGGAAGAAUGGCCGUGCCCCGCUACUACUUCGGCUGCUGUGAAUUACAGGGUUUCAUCUAUGUGAUCGGAGGCAUUAGCGACGAGGGGAUUGAGCUGCGCUCUGCAGAGGUGUACGACCCGGUCUCCAAGCGGUGGAGUGCGCUGCCGGUGAUGUCCAAGAGGAGAGCGUACGUGGGGGUGGCCAGUCUCAACGACUGCAUCUACGCUGUUGGAGGCUGGAACGAGGCCCUGGGCUCCCUUGAAACAGUAGAAAAGUACUCGCCGGAGGAGGAGAAGUGGGUCGAGGUGGCUCCGAUGGGCGUGGCCAGGGCCGGGGUCUCAGUCACGGCAGUGAACGGGCUCCUGUACGCGGUGGGAGGGCGGACGUCCAGCCGCGAUUUCUCAGCGCCGGUCACCGUGGACUCUGUGGAAAUCUACGACCCCCACCUGGACACCUGGACAGAGAUCGGGAACAUGAUAACCAGCCGCUGUGACGGAGGAGUGGCUGUGCUCUGACCUGUCAGAUACUGGGGCUGGAGAGGAACCGAUAACCUUGAAAAACACAUGCAGCCAGAACCCAGGGCUUAUCAGAGGAAUCUGAUGCUGGUUCUGUUGCCAACCAAUGUAUUCCUCUGUGGAAUAUCAGAAAGAGUGAUACAAUGGACUCCUAAAGCAUUCCUCAAAUCCUGGCCUGUUGUACAGUGGACGAUGCUGCAUUGUACAGUUCUUACUUGUGUGAGUUUUGUGGUCCAUGCCUGAAAGACAUAAAAUCCCAGAUCGUCUUUUUAAUGGACCUAAGGUGGGAUGGGCUGGACCAUAGAUUAUCCAAUGACUGCUAAGAGAGUUCAGGUGCAUUGGAGUGAGGCUAGUGUUUGUAUAGUGCCAAUACACUGUACACUGUUACUGAUCUACUGUGAGGAUUGAGAAGAUUGAGUCACAUGGGCUGGUCCAUUUCACAAAUACAACAAAGAAAGAGAAGUGGCACAGCAGCAGACGCUAGCAUUGGUCACAAUUUGUUCAAAAGUUUGUAAUGUAAAUUACUACUAAGAAUGAAGAGAAGUGCGCUGAUUGACAGCGAGCUGAAAACAAUGGGCCAUAAAACUUAGUGGGUUGAUUCAGUUGAAACAUAAAGCAGCACUUGCUUAAUCUCUGGCACCAUUCUAUUAAAUCUCCAGAUAUAAAAGGACACCACACACACACCCCCUUGCACCAGCAAAAGCAUCAAAAACGGUACAAUCCAUUAGCUCUAGUAUAAAGUAAAACAGAUGCAUACAGUGUGGCAUUGGAGUUUGCUUAAAUGCUGCUGUAUAACAGGGCCCUGAUGUGGGUGCUGUGCUUUUCAGUUAUGCAGAUGCAUUUGCUAAGAAAGAGAAGAUGUAGAAUAUAACUAAAUAACACGGUUUAUGAAUAGAACUUAUAAAGUGUUUAAACAAGGGAAGAGUGAUAAAAUGCAUUCCUUAGACACUGCCCUCCUGGCUAGUUAGACUUUCACAGUGGUUAGAUGUGCACAGAGUUUAUUUUAUUGUUUGUGUGAUAAAUAACUAAACUCACUGUACACGGUACAGGAUGUCUAUACAUCACGUUCAAGCAGUGUCCUCCGGGUCACACUGUUGCACAUUCGUGCCAUCUAUUCCUAAUGUUACCUCCAGCAGCGUGUUCUUGUGAAACCACCAGCAAUUACAGUAGAAAAGGUCAUUUCUGUAUCUGAGGCAGCUGCGGCUGGGCAACAAUGCUGCUAAUUCACAAAGCCUUUAAGGAGUGUUUUCAUGACUGCUCUGCAAAUGACUCUUUUUUUUAUUGAAAUCAGGUUUUCAGAUCACAGGAGAACCUGUUUUCAAGUUAGAAACUGUCAAAAUGUUUAUAAACCCUCUUUAAAAAAAUAAAUAAAUAAACAUGCCCAAAAAUGUUAUUUUGUGAAUAGGACCAUAUAUUAUGUAAGGAAAAGAAACACGAGGCUGGCCCUCCAUUGAGCUGAGCCUGUAGUUGCAUGCCUUUGUGUAGCAGUGACAUACAGUUUGAAAAUGUUACGGUAGCACCCCAAACUUCACUUUGAACCCUAGCUUUGUAGUUUAUGGCGUGGGAAUAACCAACCUUUAUUUUUUUAUCAGUAUUUCCUUAUUGACUCCCAUCUUUGCACUGAAGGACCAUGCUUGCUUUAUGAAUACACCUUCUUUAGGUUAUAAGUAGGGGUUUAAAUCAAUUUGAGAGUUAUCUUUCAAGUUAGCUUUAUUCAAUUAAAUUGUUCGCCAACCAAUUAAUGAAAUCAAAUGUUACAAACAUGAAAUACAAAAGACAUCCUUCUCAUGAAAUAGCUUAAAUCAGCUUAAAAGUGAUGAAUGCAUUUUACUGAAAAGUCGCCUGGUAUUUGUAAAGCUUUAUAAAGAUUAAUCAAGCUUUCACAUUAAAAGCCCAGGUUAGUUAGACCAGGGGUUCCCACACUGGGGGCCGCAGCACAUACAACAUGUUUUCUCCCAAAUGACCCAGACAAAGAAAUGACACUGAACAUAAUGAAAGCAGUAACACUUCUGAACAACCUCUCGCACUCAAGGGAUCCAAAUCUGAACUUCGGGGGGAGGGGGGUCCUCACUCAGGAUGUCUAAUGUUACAGGGGGCCUUGAGCCAACAUAGUUUGGGAACCUGAGUUAGACGACUCUUUAAAAAAAAUUUAAAAAAAUACCAUCUGUGUAUGUAGUUUUGAAACAAAGAAAACCAACACAUUGUUUAUUUUAUUGGGGGGGGGGGGGGUAAAUUCAUUAGAAACUCCUUUAAAAAAUAAAAAUCUGCAUUUCUGUUUACAAUGCCCUAUUGUAAAAAAAACAUAUCAUGAGCCCUUGAAGAUUUAAUAGCCCAACUCGUGCCUGCGUGAGAUCCUUUCCUGAUCACAAUACAACAGUGCUUUAUCCUCCUGAGACAUCUCAUGAGAUUUAAAGCACUCUAGCCAAUUGGCAGUGGCGCAGAAGUGAUGUGAUUAGUGUUGUCUCUGCAGUUCAAAAUGAUCCAGUCUGAACCCUGUGUGAACAUUUAGACAUUAAAACACCUGUCUGCUAUACCUACAAUAUUGUGGGCUGCUUUUGUCUGCACAUAAGCAAAAUACCUUAUGUUGGUUAUUAUCUAAAAAACAUAGCGUACCCGUAUUCUGCAACCCUGAACUUAAUGUUUACCAUAACAGCAAUGUAUUGUACUAGACAACUUGAGUAUAUUAUAUUUCUAAAAUAAGGUACAUGGUAGUACUACCAAACAGUUGGCAGUAAAGUGGGCUCUAAUGGGCUUAUUAACAGAACAUCACUUCCUUUGCUGGUUUUAAUCCAACUCUGCAGACCGCAUUAAUAAUAUAUUUUAAAGUGUGAUAGUUUAAUAAGAAGUGUUAAAACACGUUGAGUUUGAGUUAUUCACAGUAUCUGGCUCAUCUUUUUUUUUUAAAGCAUAUUCAUGGUUCUGCAAUUAAAAGCUUGUUGAUAACCGGCAAUUGCUAUGACCAAGUGAAUAUUUUAUAUGUUCGAAAUGCAAAACGUCACUUGUUUGAAAUAAUACAAGUAAAUCUUUUUCAUCA